AUGGUCAUCAGCACCGACAGCACCGGCCCUGGGGCCAGUGUACCGGGAAGCGCCAAGCCGGUCGUCCUCAUCAUCGGCGCCGGCGUCAGCGGCCUGCUGCUCGCCCAACACCUCAAGCGCGAGGGCAUCUCGUACCGCAUCUUCGAGCGGGAUGCCGAUUUGGCGACUCGCGGCGCCGGCUGGGGCUUGACGCUGCACUGGUCGUUGACGGCGCUGCAGAGCCUGUUGCCGUCGGGGCUGGCAGAGCGUGUUUGCGACGAGUCGAGCGUGGAUCGAUGGGCGGAUCGACGCGGUGAGCUGUCGAGAUUCCCUUUCUUCGAUCUGGACAGCGGAGAGCUCAAGACGCAGACGCCGGGAGCGGUCAAGAGCGCGAGAGUUCGAGUGACUCGCCAGAGGCUGCGGAAGCUGUUGGCAGAGGGGAUUGAGAUCGAGUGGGGGAAAACCCUCCGCGAGUUCCAUACCAGUGACAACGGCACAGUGAGCGUCUCUUUUGAAGAUGGCACCUCAUGCAUUGGGACGCUGUUGGUGGCGUGCGAUGGAGGCCAGUCGCGCGUGCGUCGCGCUCUGUUCCCCGACCAGACAAACCUGAUGUUGCAGCUGCCUGUGCGGACCAUGGGCGUCAAGAUGUUGUUGACGGCGGAGCAGAUCGAGCCAAUUCGGAAACUAGAUCUGUUUUUCCUCCAAGGCGCAUCGCCAACCAACGAUUCCUUCAUGUACAUCAGCGAUACGGAGCACAUACGUAUCGUACCCAUCACGAGGCACGGAGCACAGGCGGGAGCGGCGGCGGCCGUCGCGGAUCUGGCGAUCACCCCCUCCCGUGGCGGCAACUUCCUCGAUGUCCCCGGAAACCAGGCCGACAGUGACCCCGAUGUCUUCAGCUGCCAGCUGCAUUGCUCGUGGCCAUAUCCGGGUAGCGGAGCGCCCACCGACGUCCCAGCCACCAACAAGGACCGGUGCGAGCUGCUGCGUGCCUUUGCAAAGACUUGGUCCGAGCCUUUCCGGUCUCUUGUUUUGAAUAAUGUGUACGCCGACACGGAAAUCAAGCGCCUGGAUGUGCUUGACUGGGCGCCGCCCAUAGGCUUGCACACGAACGGUCAAGUGGUGUUGAUGGGCGAUGCGUUCCAUCUAAUGUCCAUGUACCGUGGCGAAGGCGCCAACCAUGCCAUCGUCGACGUGCUCGACUUUGCGACGCACGUCGUCCCACUACUGGCGCUCAACCGCGACGACUUCAGCUCAAAGACGGGCUCGCAAGCACAUACCCAUCAGAGUCAAGGUUCGGAUUUCCGGCAGGCUCUGCGCCAGGCGCUAGAUGCCUAUGAAGGCGCCGUCGUCUCUCGUGCCCGGCCAGGGGUAUUGGCCUCACGCAGGGCGUGCUUAGACGCGCACGCCUUUUCCAGGCUGUUUGGAGAGGCAGCGACCGGCGUCAGCCCGUUGCUCAGCAAGCGCGAGAUGAUGCUCCAGUUUGACGACGAGUCGACGGAGCUAAUCAAGUAG